UCCAACUUAUUUGCAUGGGUUCUCACGCAAGCAACAAAGUAAAGCGAUCUCCUCCCCUCGUUAAGAGGGUUGCAGGUUUUCUAGGUGCAGGUGUGGGGUGGCCUUCUUUCCUUACCGCUUUAUUUUUCACUGCGGAAGGUAUUUAUGUGGGGCUAACUUUCGGAGUUUGAUUUACUUUUCGUGUCUGACUUUGCAUUGUGAGCAUGACGGCGUCUCUCGAUUAUCUGGUGGUUUUAUUUGGGGCAACUGCCGGGGAACAUGGGAAAAAGCUGGGAUCUGAUGAAAAGGAGCUGGUGCUUUUGUUGUGGCAAGUGGUGGAUUUAGUAAACGGAAAGGCAGGGGAAGUACAUAAAGUUUUCAUAAAGCCAAAUAACUUGGAAUUAACGGAGCAAUGCAUUGAACAUACUGGCAUUACACGAGAAAACCUGACCACAGCGAAACCCCUGGACCAAGUUAUCCAACAGUUCAAUCGAUCUGUGAGCAAUGAGUUGAAUAUUGGAUUGGGGACUUCGUUUUGCCUUUGUACUGAUAGUCAACUGCACAUACGCCAAGUCUUCCACCCCGAGGCUUCUAGCAAGAAUGUUACGUUGCCAGAAUGCUUCUAUUCUUUUUUUGAUCUACAAAAAGAAUUUAAGAAAUGCUGCCCAGAUGCUCCUGACCUCCAUGAAAUUGAUCUCAAUGUUAUGUCCAAUCAUCUACAUCUUGAAGAUAACUCAGCCACCUACAAAUUUGGUGUUUCAGAUAUUAUGACUGCAACCACCAUUAUAUUAACCAUUAUUUCUGAACCACACAGACCACAGUUUGUAGAUCCAGAAAGAGUGAACCACAAAUUUGAAACGGGGACUUGCAGCAAGAUGGAGAUCAUUGAUGAUAAUACAGUUAUCAGAGCCAGGGGCUUACCCUGGCAGUCUUCAGACCAAGAUAUUGCAAGAUUCUUCAGGGGUCUCAACAUAGCUAAGGGAGGUGCAGCACUUUGCUUAAAUUCACAGGGACGACGAAAUGGAGAAGCUCUUGUGAGAUUCAUUAAUAAUGAACACAGGGACCUGGCACUACAAAGGCAUAAACAUCACAUGGGGAAUCGAUAUAUUGAGGUGUACAAAGCAACUGGCGAAGAUUUUCUAAAGAUUGCUGGAGGUACCUCCAAUGAAGUAGCCCAAUUCCUAUCAAAGGAAAAUCAAGUUGUUAUUCGAAUGCGUGGUCUUCCAUUUGUAGCCACAGCAGAGGAAGUCUUGAUGUUUUUUGGAUCCAAUUGCCCAGUAACAGGUGGAAAGGAAGGAAUACUUUUUGUCAAAUACCCAGAUGGGAGGCCAACAGGUGAUGCCUUUGUAUUAUUUGCCUGUGAAGAAUAUGCCCAAAAUGCACUCAAGAAGCACAAGGACUUAUUGGGGAAGCGCUACAUUGAACUCUUCAGAAGUACAGCAGCUGAAGUACAACAGGUUCUUAACAGGUACACAUCAACUCCCCUUAUUCCUAUUGCCCCUGCUCCUAUCAUUCCCGUGCUACCUCAGCCAUUUGUACCUUCUACAAGUAUGCGAGACUGCAUUCGUUUACGAGGCCUACCAUACGCUGCCACGAUUGAGGACAUUCUGGAGUUCCUGGGGGAGUUUACCUAUGAUAUCCGACCUCAGGGAGUGCAUAUGGUAUUAAAUCAACAGGGCCGUCCUUCAGGCGAUGCCUUUAUCCAGAUGAAAUCAUCAGAUCGAGCAUUCCUGACCUCUCAGAAAUGUCAUAAAAGAACAAUGAAAGACAGAUAUGUUGAAGUAUUCCAGUGUUCAGCUGACGAAAUGAACUUUGUAUUAAUGGGUGGCACUUUAAAUCGAAAUGGCUUGUCCCCUCCGCCAUGCUUGUCACCUGCUACAUAUGCUGCAUAUCCAACCCCGGCAGCUGUUAUUUCAGCUGAGACUGCAACACUAUAUCAGCAGCCAGUGUUCCUUAGUCCCCGAGCUCUCCAGCCAUCAACAGCUUACUAUCCAGCCACUGCCCAAUUCUACAUGAACUAUUCUGCAUACUACCCAAGUCCUCCCGGGUCCCCGACCAACAUAGGUUAUUUACCAACACCUGCCACUGCCACUGUCCCCACUCAGUCUGGCACCAUCGUCAGGAUGCAAGGACUAGCUUACAACACAGGAAUCAAGGAAAUCCUUAAUUUCUUCCAGGGAUAUCAGUAUCCAGCUGAGGAACGCCAAGAAUAUAUGCACGCGUAUGACCAGGCCAGGACACUGUUCACACACCCCAAAGAAUGGGUCUGUAUUUAAAUGGCUCAUGAGAUAAGUCCUUGUAAGAAAAGACAGCUUCCUCCUGAGUCGGUGCUAAUCACAUCUAAUUUGUAUGGACAGACCAAUGGUGAUGCUUUUGUGAUAUUCCCAUCACUGGAUGAUGCCAAGCAAGCUGUGGUAGAGAAGAACCACCAACACAUUGGCAGUCGCUACGUGGAUCUUUACUUGCUGUAAAAUAUGAUGUUUGCUCCUCGGAAUGGAAACCUAGGCAAAUUGUUUGUUGAUGCAAAAAUAGUAAUAUCUGUAACACAAGUUUAAAAAAAAUUAUCUUGGAAAUCUAACACCUAUGAGAAUGGAUGUUAACAGUUCUAUUAAACUGGAGGACAUGUGAAGUUGGAUGUUGAAAGUGUAUAUAUCAUCACCAAAUAGUAAUUCUGUUUCACUUUCAUAAUCUGUAAUGUUUAGGCUUUUAUGAAGUUUGAUACCUAUGUACAGGAAAUUCAAUAUCAUUCUUAAUAUUAAAUGAUGUAUAUAACACUCAUCUUUGCUAAUCAUCACUGUAAUGCAGAACUUGACUAGUUUCAUAUGCCAUUGAUUUGUAUAAUGCAUUAGUCUAGGUCUCUUCCCUCAAAACAUCACUGUAAUAAAGGUACCAUGGAUUUUUUCUAAUCUUUACUGUAGCACAUCCUUAACAUCGUUCAUCUUGUCACACACCUUUACAGAGUUUCAAAGCCAAUUAUUACUGUAACAUGCUGGAAUGUUUAGUUCAAUAUAACUGCAAAGAAUUUCUAUGCUAUAGGUACUUCAGUGUUGAGUAAACAUGUACAGAGGACCUCCAUGUAAUGUCUAUUAAUAUUUCUAUAGAAGCCUCUUUCAUGCCAUAUCAUGUCUGAACAUGACUCUUCAGUGUUGCUGUAAUACAUUUUAAAAGGGUUCGUAUAUAAAAAAUCAUUGCUGUUUCACAUCUGCAUAAGCUGUUUGACUUCAUCGAUUACAUGUUUUGGAUCCUUUCCUGAAUAACAUUAUUGCAGUGUAUAAUUUAUAUAACAAUCCUUUCUUAUUAAUAUAAUCCAAUAUCUUUACAAGGCACAUAUCUGCCAUUUGUUGCUGUGAGACAAAUAUUCAGCCAAUUUUUUUCUUCAGUUUUCCCAAAUUGGAAAUCUAUUUAUUCUGCUAUUUAAAAGAUUUUAAUAUAAGAUUAUCACUACUUUUUCUAAGUGUUACAAAUGCAUCUUCUGCAUAAAAUUAAAAUUAUAUUGAAUGAUUGUAUGCAUGUAAAUUGUUUACAUACAGUUAGUUCUAUUCAAAUAAUAUGCCUUCUAAAAUAAUAUCAAGUACCAAUCAUGCCUUUCAUAUAUUCAGACUAUUGUGACCAAGACUUUGUAUGCUAGUGUUCUCAAUGGAAUACUAUUCCUAUUUACUUUCAAAAUGGAACCUCAUCUCCAGGACUGCUUAAAAAGAUGACAUGUUUAAGACAAAGUAGAAAAUGUUAAAACACUAUUAGUUUAAUUGAUCUGUAACUCAAAUGAAUCAAAUACACGUAUGUUUAGAUCCUGGAUUUCUAGGUCUUUUCUUGUUCCACAAUUCCAUUAACAAAUGUCGUUAGUCAAAUAUUGCCAGUUUGUACCAGAUAAAUGUUAGAAAUUAACAUCUAUAAGCACUAAUAUGUAGAAUAAAUAUAUUAUGCAAUAAAAAUUAGCUCACGAGUGCAAUACCUGAGUGCAUUUCAGUUAGAACAUGUGCAACUGUUAUCCAAAUGUUUAAAUCCAUAAGAUGUCAAAGGAGUGAUAUUUUUAAAACAAGAAAUACAGUAUUCUCAAUUCUAUAUUUGUCAUAGUAUUUGUAUAUUAAGUUCUAUGCUAAA